UCGCAAUUAAUGCAGUUGAUUGGUGCGCGCGCGCCGAACACGUUUGGUUGUUUGUGGGAUACGAUUAAGAAGCUUCACCAUUGGAAAGCUUUACAAUUUUCUCGCGUCGUAACAAAGAAUCAAGUGCAUUUUAAGUAAAUCGAUCCCUCGACAUGAAGCCAACGCUUGUGGCUGAUGAAAUGUUUCCCGAAGGAGCUGGACCUUACGUUGAGUUAGAGGAGGUUGGAGGUAGUAGGCUAUUAGUGGAUCUUACGGCUAGCGAGAAAGCUGUUCAUUCGGAAUUUUUCAAUGACUUUGACGAUCUUUACGAUGAUGAUGAUUUGGAGUAAAGCAGCAUUUCUAGGAAGUUUUAACUACACAGUGCUUUUGUACAGAUUGCAAUUAACUUAGCAUUAUCGAAGCAGAAAAUUCCUUGUUUUCAUAGAUCCAUGCAAAACAUGGGUACAGCAGAAUCAAUGGACAUCGUAUGUCAUCAGUUGCGUUCAAUAGAAAAUGGCGAUUUAUAUUUUACGAUUAUCAGCAAAAUAAUCUAUGGCUUUUCUUUUGUCGUAUGCUGCUCGCCGAUGCUGCAUGUAGCUCAUCAUUUCUUUUUCAGCGUAAUGCCAUCAUAGUCGAUACACAUUGUACCAUUACUUUUGAUACUUGGAAUAAAUAUAAAAAAAUCACACACAAAAUUGUGUUAUAGGUUGAUCAAAUGUUUAGCAACAAAAAAAAAAAAAAAACUUAUGUAACAGUUUCAAAGCUCUUUCUGUUGAACGCAGCUAUUUUAUAAAUGUAUCGUAUGUGUUUAUACUUGUUUGUAUAUAUAAUAGAUAUGAAAAAAUGUUUCGUUUCUUAAGUUUGCUGUAAAAAAUUACUGCAAACCCUUACAUAUAGUAUUGUUAUUCAAUACAUAUCCUUUCCUCUCAAAAGACUAACCACAAACUACAAACUUCAUACUGUAACAUUAUUACAAUUUAUUUGUAUUUUUAAUUCGAGUCAAAUGUGCGCCUGCAUCUAUCAUACGUCAUUUUACUGUUUACCACAGACAAUUGUUAUUAUAAACGUGCCAUAAGAAAAUGAGUACUGG